AUGGCAGAGGGGGAGAGGCCGAGGCCGCUUCUCCGGCUGGUGCAGGAGGGACGACUGGACCUCCUCCGGGAUGAGCUGCGGCCGGAUGAUAUGCUGGGCCCGGCAACGCGGAGCCAGCGCUAUGGGCGCUCGGGGGACACGCUGCUACACCACGCUGCCCGGUACGGGCACCGGGACGUCCUCGCCUACCUGGUAGAGGUGCUGGGGAUGGACAUUGAGGUGUUCAAUGAUGACUACAAAAGACCCCUCCACGAAGCAGCCUCCAUGGGCCACGAGGAGUGUGUCUCCUACCUCCUGGAGAGAGACGCGAGCGUAGACUGCUUGAAAAAGGCAGACUGGACUCCCUUAAUGAUGGCUUGUACCAGGCAAAGCGUGGAGGUGAUCAAAGCUCUUGUAGAGCAUGGAGCCAACCCACUGCUGAAGAACAAGGAUGGCUGGAAUUGCUUCCACAUUGCGAGCCGGGAGGGCCAUCCCCAGGUCCUCCGGUACCUGCUGGAUGCAUCCCCGGGCAGCUGGGACACGGAGAGCAUGAUAAAGAGAACACCUUUGCACACAGCAGCAAUGCACGGCUGUUUUGACGUUGUGGAGCUGCUCCUGGAGCGGUGCCAGUACAAACCUGACAGCAGAGACAAAUGUGGAGUCACUCCCUUUAUGGAUGCUAUCCAGAACGGGCAUGUCAACAUCGCCCGGCUGCUACUGGAAAAACACCAGGCCUGUCCUACAGCUGUGGAUGCGCUGGGCGCUCAACCUCUGCACCGGGCAGCUGUCACAGCCCAGGAUGAAGCCAUCCAGUUCCUCGUCUCUGAGCUGGGUGUUGACGUCAAUGAGAGAGUGAUGACCCUCCAGCUCACAGCACUGCACUAUGCAGCCAAGGAAGGACACGUGUGCACCAUCCAGACGCUGCUGUCCCUCGGCGCCGAUGUCCACGCAAAGGAUGGGAAAAACCGUUCCGCCCUGCACGCGGCGUGCGCUGGGCAGCAGGCGGAUGCCGCACGGAUCCUGCUCGGUGCCGGGCUGCAGGAUGCCCCGGAUGGUACGGGCACGCUGGCGCGGCAGCUCGCGAGGAAGCCAGAUGUCAUCCAGGUUUUCCAGGAAACGAAUGUCAGCGCGUGAGACCAACGGGGAAAAAAAGAAAAC